ACCGCUCUAAGCUCCUCCCCGCGUCCUUAGCCCCGCCCUCCGCCUCGGGCGCGAGGCCAGGGCCCCGCCUUUUCCUCGUUUCCCCUCAGGGUUUUUUUUAACGGCUACGGGUGGCGGCUUGGGACAGACCUCCUCAUCCUCAGACCGCGUUCCGGCCGCACCACAGUCGCCUCCGGCGGCGGUUCCAUUGUCUUCUUUCCUCACAGAAUUGCAGAGUGGUUUGGUUUUGUUUUUUUUGCCCUCCCCCCCCUUUCUCACAUUUCCCGCCUCCGUCGCUCUCGAAGGCUUUCCUUCAAGGCCGGGCGAGGAAAGCGGUGCGGGGAGAUUAGGGUCUCGCUGCCGAGCGUUGCUGCUCCUCCGGCGGCGUCAUCAUCCUCAUCUUCUCCUCAGGCGACGUGGAGGGAGAAUGGGAAUGAAUAGAAACGUCUGAGGGAGGGAGGGGGAGCGGAGGCUGUGGCGUCACGUGACCCUGCCUUCCCGCCCGCCUUUCCCUUGUCCAGCCGCCAUAUUUUCUUAGGGCCAAAGAAGCCAAAAGCGGUCGUCCGAGGUCUGGAGGGGGAGAGAAAGCGUCUUCUGUAGCCGCCAUUUUGCGUCAGGGCACUCGAAGCUGCCGCGACUUCCAUUUUGGAUAAGGGCGCAGCUUGAGUUCGCUUGUCCUCAAGCCCGGCGUCGGCUUUCCCCAUGUUUAUCCAGAGCCCCGAUUCGGGCGCUAUCUUAAGCUGGCUUUUGCGGGGUGUUUGUACUGAGAAAGAACACAUUUGAGGAGAGGGAUUUAAAUUUAAAAUAGGCAGCCGACGCCGCGACAGAACAAUGAACAGUCGUCUCCGCUUCAGUCCGUAAGAGAGAAUAUUAUGAACUUCUCUGACCGAAGUAAAGAUGGCAGCCCGGGCCUCACGUGCCCUAAACAAAUAUGUCUUCUGUGUGGAGAGCCUUUUAUUUUAAGACUAUACUAAGGAACGCGCCGCCUGUUUCUUUUUCCCAUGCUGUAUGACCAGGGGAAAAAAACCCACAUAUAAAGUGGUUUAUUUAUAAUUUCAUGGUAGAGGCGCAAGGGAGCCUCAGCGGUGCUGAAAGGCCGACCGUGAGCAGGGUCCUUGAGGCAGGACUCGGGGCAGCCCCUCCUGGAGGAGGGGCGGAAGAGGCGGAGCCUCGCCUUCGCCAGCGAUGCUGAGUGGCGUUUCCCGCUUCCGGUCCGCCUGGCGGCGUAGGCAGCCUUGGGAGCUCGGUCGCCCUGGUGCUUCCCCGGCCAGGCGGGUCUGGGUAUGCGGAGCGACCGGGCAGGUCAUUCACUCGCCUUGCCUUGCCAGUAUUCUAAACCGGUGCCCCUUUGAGGAGGAAUUUAAAAAAAAGUCAUGGUUUCAAAGCGAGCCUUCCUCUGCAGCCUCGGCUCCAUCUAUUUAUCCCUCCUCUUCGUCUUCUUGCUGAUGGACGUCUACGCUCGGCCCGCCAACAACUCGGCGCUCAAGGAGAAGUUGGCCGCCGAUGGCAGCAAGGACGAGAACGAGAUCCUGCCUCCGGAUCACUUGAACGGGGUCAAGAUGGAAAUGGAUGGGCACCUGAACAAGGAAUUCCACCAGGAGGUCUUUCUGGGGAAGGAGAUGGAGGAAUUUGACGAGGAUUCUGAGCCGCGGAGGAACAGGAGGAAGCUCAUGGUUAUUUUCUCCAAAGUGGACAUCAACCGAGACAAAAAGGUCAGCGCGAAGGAGAUGCAGCGGUGGAUCAUGGAGAAGACAGAAGAGCACUUCCAGGAGGCAGUGGAGGAGAACAAGAUGCACUUCCGGGCAGUGGAUCCUGAUGGGGAUGGUCACGUGUCUUGGGAUGAGUAUAAGAUCAAGUUUCUAGCAAGCAAAGGUAUGAACGAGAAGGAGGUGGCUGAGAAAAUAAAAAACAACGAGGAGCUCAAGAUUGAUGAGGAAACACAGGAAGUUCUCGACAACCUGAAGGACCGCUGGUACCAAGCGGACAAUCCUCCCGCGGACCUUUUGCUGAACGAGGAAGAGUUCCUGUCCUUCCUUCAUCCGGAGCACAGCAGGGGGAUGCUGAAAUUUAUGGUCAAGGAGAUCGUCCGGGAUUUGGAUCAAGAUGGGGAUAAGAAGCUGACACUUUCCGAGUUUAUUUCUCUGCCGGUCGGCACGGUGGAGAACCAGCAGGCCCAGGACAUUGAUGAUGACUGGGUGAAAGAUCGGAAGAAGGAGUUUGAGGAAGUCAUUGAUGCCGACCACGAUGGCAUUGUGACGAUGGAAGAAUUAGAGGAAUACAUGGACCCCAUGAACGAAUACAACGCCUUGAACGAAGCCAAGCAGAUGAUUGCGGUUGCUGACGAGAACCAGAACCACCACCUGGAGCUGGAAGAGAUCCUGAAAUACAGCGAGUACUUCACCGGCAGCAAGCUCAUGGACUAUGCGCGGAACGUCCACGAGGAAUUCUGAGUCCUUGCCGGCCACCCUUCCCGUGGCCCUUUGUUGCACCUUCUCGCUUUCCAAAACAAACCACAGAAAAGUUACCUUUUGCUGCUAUCUCUCUUGUUCUGUGCGAAUGCCGUGUGUGGUUCUAGACUUUGUUUUUUUUUUAAUUAAAGAAAAACGAAAAACCGUCCAUGUACUGUAUAUUAAAGAAAGAAACAGCCACAGCCUUUCUGUCCUUGAAGAGAACUCCGUAGGACCAGCAGGGCAUGAACCAGACACGCAUCUGUUAUCAGUUGACCUUCCGAUCCCGCAUCAAACUUUUCAAGAGUCUCAGUCGAACCUUCUGACAAUCUACUCCCUUCAACUCCUCCAGUUGACUUCUAAAAGCCAUCUUUAUUGUCUUAAGACUGGACACUUGGUCCUGGAGGGUUGGGAGGGAGGAGAGCUGUGUGUGCACCUAGAAUUGUAGCAAACGGUUGGUCCUUGCAUUUGUGUUGUUGGGGAAGCAGAUGUUGGUUCCAGCUGGGCCAAAAAGGCAAUGAAAGUAACUAGCCUAGCUCGCAUUUCUCAGAACGUGGGUGUUGCUAAGGAUUCAGUUUUUAAAGCAGUUUGUAUGCUGUUGCCACUGUUCUUUUACGUGUGAGGAUUUAGUGGACUGCAUGUUUGAAUCCACACACAGAGAGAGACACAAGGCAAGAGGGCAUCUUGAAGUCAUUCACAAAACUGUUCCCCCAAUUUGGCCUUUGAAUUCGGUUUCCAGACUGAGCACUCGGUUGCCAGAACAGAAGUUCCAGCUUCAUUUUGGAAAAUUGAAAAGUCAGGGGUGUGACUUGUCUGUAUCGACCUACAAGGAAGGAAAGCCUUCCUAGGGGUAAUCGGGCAGAGUUGAAAAAACCCGCUCCUGGAGAUUCUCUCCUCAGAUUUCAUCCUGAGGCCAUAAAACUGAAUUUCCUUUUACCUCCCCUCCUGCCAACGCCCCAGGGUUCCUCUGUGCGCUUUCCAAAACUGUCCCCUUUUGCCUCGGAAUAGCGCUGUUGCGCUGUGGCCUUUCAGAGAGCCACAUUUGGGAAGAAAAGAAGGGUGUCUCCCAAGGACGGGUGAGGUUUUGCGGCUGUGUCCCCCUGACCCUUCUAGGAAGACCUGGAGAAGCUGUGGGGUUUCUGUGUGGGGAGCAGGUGUUGUCAUAGGAGUGUCAAAAGUAGCAUGGACUUCCUCUUGUUUUAUUCCUUGUCAAGAAGAAUAGGAACAGGUUUAUGCGCUAAAGCAGUGGCUCCCAACUUUGGGGAACCCAGACGUUCUUGGACUACGACUCCCAGAAAUCCCAGGCAGCACAGAUAACGGGGAAGGCUCCUGGGGAGUCAUAGUCCAAGAACGUCUGGGUUACCCAAGGUUGGGAACCGCUGGUUUAAGCGAUCCAGAGGGGAGUACAGGCACGUGCAACAAUUCUGACUCCUGCCGCUUGCUUCUAUAAAGCCGGCUCUCCUUCCAGUUCUCCACUUGCACAGGAUCGUAAAACAAUCUUAAACCAAGAUGUUUUCCUCUGCCGAGUUUACUCCUCUCCUUCCCGGUUCAUUUUAGGAGAGUAACCUUGCCGGCACGAAGGCCAGACAGCGGUCACAUUUUUCUGUAGAACUGCCUUCUUAGGGUCCUUCUUUAGCAAGGAAUGUUUUAAAUCUGGAAUAUAAACCGUACUGCCGUUGUAUUCGAGCAGAGGCCCCAAGCGUGAAAGAAUUUCCCCCUGCCUGUUGGAGAGUCGGAUUUGGCUAUGCUUGCUGGGGAUCACUGACACUUGUAUUUCAUUUAAAUGGAUUUAAUUCAGGCCUCACCCCUUCUACGAGGAAACCCUGUUCUUUUAAACGCUACCGCCGACGGUGUCUGAAUGGAUUUUAUCCUCCUUAAUAUAAUGUAAAUACAUGUAA